AUAUUAAACAAGGAAAAGGACAAAAUGGUCAUUAUUUGAAUUGUUUCAAACUUGACAGCUUCAUCUCCGUCCCCCCAAACUAAAAACUUAGUUUCCUCUCUCUCACUCUCUAACAAAAACUCUGUUUUCUUCCCAUAAACUUAACAAACAUCCAAAAUCAACUCUUCAAAUUUGGUAAUAUAAGCUAGUUGCCUAAAAUACCCUUCAAGAAAGAGAGCAAGAAAUAACAUUUCUUCUCUCUUUCUUCUCUUCUAGCUAGUUUAAUUCAAGAACAAGAAAGAUUUUCAAGAAUUCAAGAACUGAAAAUGUCAGGUUACGUAGGAAUUCUUGUAUCAGAUCCAUGGCUUCAAAACCAGUUUACUCAAGUCGAGCUUCGAAGCUUAAAAACUCAAUUCACGAGCAUGAGAAGAGAGAGUGGGAAGCUGACACUGAGAGACUUAGCUUCAAGAAUGUCAAGAUUGAAAGUUGUCGGAGAAAAUCUCACUGAAGAAGAACGAGCUUCUUAUAUUCAAGAUUUGUACACAAAUCUUGACGAUGAAGUCGAUUUCGAGUUCUUUUUAAAGGUGUAUUUGAAAUUACAUGCACAUGCAAGUGAAAGAACAGGAAAUAGUGUUGCAAAGAAUUCAUCAGCAUUUCUUAAAGCUGCAACUACUACAUUACUUCACACCAUCAGUGAAUCUGAAAAAUCAUCUUAUGUUGCUCAUAUCAAUAAUUAUCUUGGAGAAGAUGAUUUCUUGAACAAAAACUUUCCGAUCGAUCCGUCAACUAACGAUCUAUUCGAGAUUACUAAGGAUGGGGUCCUCCUUUGUAAGCUUAUAAAUGUGGCAGUUCCUGGUACAAUUGAUGAAAGGGCAAUUAAUACAAAGACAGUUCUUAAUCCAUGGGAAAGAAAUGAAAAUCAUACAUUAUGUCUUAAUUCUGCUAAGGCUAUUGGAUGUACUGUUGUCAAUAUUGGGACUCAGGAUUUCAUUGAAGGAAGGCGCCAUCUUGUGCUUGGAUUGAUUUCUCAAAUCAUUAAGAUACAACUCUUGGCAGACCUUAACCUGAAGAAAACACCUCAGUUGGUAGAGUUGGUUGAUGACAGCAAGGAUGUGGAAGAGCUGAUGAGUCUACCACCAGAGAAAAUCUUAUUAAGAUGGAUGAAUUUCCAAUUGAAAAAAAGUGGAUACAAGAAAAUUGUUACCAACUUCUCUUCAGAUGUUAAGGAUGCAGAGGCUUAUGCUCAUCUUCUAAAUAUUCUUGCACCCGAGUGUAGUAAUCCAUCAACCUUAAAUGUGAGAGACCAUCUACAAAGAGCAAAGUUAGUUCUCGAACAUGCAGAUAGAAUGGGUUGCAAAAGAUACUUAACUGCAAAAGACAUAGUUGAAGGUUCUCCAAAUCUCAACCUUGCCUUUGUUGCCCAUAUUUUCCAGCACAGAAAUGGACUGUCAACUCAAACUAAACAAAUAUCUUUCCUUGAGACACUACCUGAUGACUCACAGAUUUCUAGAGAAGAACGAGCAUUUCGAUUGUGGAUGAAUAGUCUCGGGAAUUCAACUUAUAUCGACAAUGUCUUCGAAGAUCUCAGGAACGGGUGGAUUCUUUUAGAGACCCUCGACAAAGUGUCGCCGGGGAUUGUUAAUUGGAAGAUUGCGAAUAAGCCUCCGAUCAAACUGCCAUUCAGAAAAGUAGAAAACUGUAACCAAGUUGUAAAAAUAGGGAAACAGUUAAAGUUUUCCCUGGUUAACAUUGCUGGAAACGACAUCGUGCAAGGAAAUAAAAAAUUGAUAUUAGCUUAUCUAUGGCAGUUGAUGAGAUAUAACAUUCUUCAGCUUCUAAGGAACUUAAGAUUCCAUUCUCAUGGAAAGGAGAUCAAUGAUACUGAUAUUUUACAAUGGGCCAAUACUAAAGUUCGCAACGGAGGCAGCCAGAGUCGAAUGAAUAGCUUUAAGGAUAAAAGCUUGUCAGAUGGUAUUUUCUUUCUAGAGCUUUUAAGUGCUGUUCAGGCUAGAGCAGUAAAUUGGAGUCUUGUUACAAAAGGAGUAACUGAUGAGGAGAAAAAGAUGAAUGCAACCUACAUCAUAAGUAUAGCAAGAAAGAUGGGAUGCUCAAUAUUUUUGCUUCCUGAAGACAUAACUGAGGUGAAUCAAAAGAUGAUUUUAACAUUGACUGCAAGCAUAAUGUAUUGGUUGAUGAAACAACCAGUUGAAGAAAAAGCAUCAUCUACAACUUCAGACAGUGAGACCAUUUCUUCAAAUUCAACAGCUGAUGAUUCUGCCUCUGAGUCAUCUCUAGAUGAGAAUGGCCAUCUAUAAAUAAUUGCAUAAAACUUAUACAUAAUUUAUUAUUUUAUUUAAUUGGAAUUGGCCCCUUUUUAUUCUUUGUUUCUUUGUUAUGUAAACUUGAUUGAAAUGUAUCUGUAAUGUAAUGUAUGAGAGAUUUAAGGGGACUGGAGUGCAGUUUUUAAAGCAAAUUUUGGUAAGCAAAUGCAAUGUGAAUGUGGAUAGUUUUUUU